GACAUCAUCUGACCGUACUGGGAAGAGCUCCCCAUCCUUCUCUGCUGCUCUCCUGGGAGUUGUGUGGACAUUCCUGACCGGAGGAGUCCUGCUAGCACUUUUCUUUCUUGUCUUCACAAUUCGAUUCAGGAAAAACAGUCUUGAGAGCAUCACUGUGAGCAGCAUAGCUCCAUGAGGACAGCCAUCAAGCUCUCCACAGUGUGCACAUAUCCUUCCUGCCGUUAGACCAGUUGGAGUUUGAAAGAUAUGCCUUAACCUUUUUAGAUAUUGGUGGUUGUCCGUAUUGGUGGGGAAUAUGAUCUAUACUGAUGAGAGAAGCUGAUGGUGAGAACAGGCUUUCCUUGGUGCUGUUCAGCCUGCACAAGGGAUGUAAAAUUCCUGCUCCCUUGAAUGCAGCAUAUAUCAAGUAAAAGGCUCAGUGAUUCGCAAAUUCACAGAAUGUCAGGGAUUGGAAGGGACCUCAAAAGAUCAUCUAGUCCAUCUAGUCAUCUAGUUCCUCAAACUUGUAGCUAGUAGCAUAGUAGCUCAAACUGUCUCAGCCAGCGCUUAGCAUUCCUCAGCAAUUCCAGAUGUCUCACCUGCUUCCUUGCCACCUUCUCCUCAGCUUCAUUGGUCUCUCAACUGCUUCCCCCAUAGAGACACAUCCCUCUCCCAAGCUUCACCUGGCAAAGCCUUUGUGCUCUGUGGGCUGUUGUUUUGUGGAGAGGUGCAUCUGAGUGCAGCCCAGGCUGCUGCUGUUCCAGGGCUCUGGUUGUGUUAAAUUAAGGCUCCUUAUAACUGCCAUACUGUCAGGAGAGUCCUGCUCGGGAGGGUUUAUCUUGAGCCCUGUGCCUGUGGUGGUGCAGACCUGCAUGACCUGCAGAGUGGUGUUGAGUUCACUGGCCACCUUAGUUGUUUACCAAAUUAUUUAGGUCCCUGAAUAUAUCCUCAGAGUGAAGCUGUGAUGAAUGUGUGUUAUUUAUUUGCACUGCAGCAAAUAAAUACGAGUCUGCCUACUGAACCUGGGAGGGCAAAGGAGACCUUUUUCAGCAUGCAGCUGGGAGGUUGAGCUGAUGAAUAUCUUUCCCCAGGGGCUGAGGCAAGGCAAAGAAGACAGGGAGGGAGAGAGCCAGGUUGAAUCCCAGGCUCUGUGUCUGCGAGGCAGCAAGACAGGAAGGAGCUCAAGGGUAGACAGAUGCAAUGACUUAGCAGGAGAUAGAAGGGACGGAGCUAUGCAGGGGGUGGCAGGAUUGUGAGUGAUGGGGUGAAAUUACAGAGGAGAAGCUGUAACCUGAACAUUGCUGGCAGCUUCCUGACGUUGAGACUGUGCUGAGGGUGGAGGUAUCUCCUCAAAGGAAGAAGCAGUGGGAAGAGCCUGUUCCUGGAGGCAUUAGUAGCUGCUGUACCCAAAGCUUGCUGCUGGGGACAGUCACCCCAGGCUGUGCUGGAUUGUGAAGAUGUCCAGCCCCAAUCUGAACAUUGUGACCCUGCUGGGCAGUGGCUUGACUUACACUAGUGCUUACCUCUUUGGGAUUCAGGAGCAGAGCCUGCCAUCCGGAGGCUCAGUGGAAAAGCUUAUUCAGGUGCGGCUCUGCCUGCUGUGUGUUGGGACCUCCCUGGUGUUUGGCCCUGUCCUGGGGAAAAGCUGGCGGCUCUACAAGGUGUUCACCCAGAGAGUGCCAGACAAGCGGGUGAUUAUCAAAGACCUCCAGUUGCUGGCAAUGGUGGCAGCAUUGGUGCUGGCAGAUGCCGUGUUGCUCUUGACCUGGGUAUUCUCUGAUCCAGUCCAGUGCUUCCGAAGCCUCAGCAUCUCACUGCGGGCCACAGAGAAAGGCAUGACCUGCUCCGUCAGCCGGGUGCAGUCCUGCGCGUCUCUUUAUUCCGAUCUUUGGCUCGUUCUCAUCUUAGGGUUUAAGAGUAUCCUUCUGCUGUAUGGGACCUACCUGGCCGGUCUGACCGACAAUGUCAGCUCCCCACCAGUCAACCAGUCCUUGACGCUCAUCGUCGGGGUCAAUCUCGUUUUCCUGGCUGCUGGCACUGUCUGCUUAGUUCACCGUUUCUUCUGCACUUGGCACAACUUGGUGUUUGGCUUUACCUCUGGAGGCAUCUUCGUGUGUACAACUACGAUCAACUGCUUCAUCUUUGUCCCACAGCUCAAGCAGUGGAAAGCCUUUGAAGAAGAAAGCCAAACCGUGAGCCAUAUGGCAAAAUAUUUCACCAGCCCGAGCAGGAGCUGCCGCUCGAUGUGCAGCGAGGAGCAGCUCUACCAGCUGAUAGGGGAGAAAAACUCCAUGAAGCGGCUGCUCACUGAGAAAAACGCCGUCAUCGAAAGCCUGCAGGAGCAAGUGAGCAGCGCCAAGGAGAAGCUGAUGAGGCUGAUGUCUGCAGAGAGUGGCUGCAACCCUCAAGUGCCACCAGCGGGUUCCUGCAGCCAGAGCUUGGGAAGGCACAAAGAUGCGCCAGGGGACCACUGCUCCCCAGAUCCAGAACAGGAGAGGUGGCAGCCACCCCAGUUGCUGUGUACAUCACCUCUUUGCAGUGAUGCUCAGGACCACCAGAAACAUGUGAGCCACGAUCCUGUUUGCUCUCGGGUGCUGCUUUUUGAUGUGGGGGACAGCGUUGAACGUGGCCUGAAAGACACCAGAGAGCGUGAGACACCUGCGGGGCAGGGGCAGCCUCUGGAGCAGCUGCAGGGCCAGGACAUCUCAGCUGGCGUGGCCUGGAAGUUGUCCCCCAAAGUCAGCUAUGUGAGCAGCGAGAAGCUGCGGGAAAUCUUGCAAGAGCUGAGCCUGGAUGGCAAAACCUACAGCCCAGCCUUACCUGGGGGACCCCCACGUGGCAGCCAGGGUCCCCCAGGCGAGCAGAGAGGAACAUGGUGGGUCCAGGAGGGCUACCCAGGCAUUCACACACCCCUCAGCCCCCAUCUGGCGAGGCGGCGGCGGAAGAUCCCACUGCCCAUCACCUCCACCCACUUCCCUGGACACAUGUCCCCUUGUGCCAGCCGCAGGGUGAAGGAGGAAGGUGGCUGUGGCCGUGGGGAGUCAGCACACAUCUCCCUGGGAAGGGGAGAGGAGAUGGCUGGCAGAGGGCUCCUUCAGCCAGCGUCGUCCCCUCCAGCCACCCCUGGGGAGGUCUGCCUGCAGCCAGAGGGGUGGCCAGGAUGGCCAGAGUCCCAGGGUGCUUCGCCAUGCACCUCGCGGGAACAGCAGCGGCGGCAGGGCCCCUUGAGGGGACCCACCGAGCCCUCCCUGCGUUCGCUGUACUAUUACCCGGACUCGGACUCCAGCAGCAGCAGCUCUGAGGAGAUGUUUCACGGCUGCCACCGGCCCUGCUGCGAGGUGUGCUUCCAGAGCCCGCGUGGCUCCCUGAGCAGCAGCAGCACAGACGUGGACACAGACACAGAGCCCAGGGGCUGCUUGGACCACUGGACAGAGCACUGUGGUGAGCCCCAGCCUGUGGUGAAUUUCAAGGAAGAUCUGAAGCCCACCUUUGUGUGACUGGGAGCACCCCUGCCCCAAAGGCAAGUGCUUUACCAUCCCUGAAACACUGUGUUUUCAGUGAUGCUAGGGCCAUGUGUCCCUUUGAGGGAUGCAUCUUGCUCUGGCACCUGGGGGUCUGGAAUAAAUCUUGCUCUGCUUUGGUUUGCUGUUUCAGACCCAGCCUGGUCAGCGGUGACUGUGUUUGGCUGAGAAGUGGUUGGUAGCAUUCAGGGAGGGAGACAAUGGGUUUUGCCUUGGCUGCUCUGGGCAGCUGCCUGUGCCCUGCAGAUACCAUGUCUGUCAGUCCUGGUGCCAGCAGCCCAAAGACUGGGGCUGAGCAGCCUGUGGGAGCCCAAACUUCAUCACCUCAGACAGGUUCCCCUGCAAGCGCUGGGUGAUUUGCACCAGUGGGGAGCAGCACCACAUCUCAGAAACACACGUGGCUUCUUGAACACAGCAGCAGAAGGACAGACAGAGGACUCCUUCCCCCAAUGGUGCUGAUGCCAAACCUUCCACCAGCAUCCCACCCACCUGGAGACUGGAGACAGCUGGACUCUAGGGGCAAUUGCAGUCUCCCACUCACCUGGGGUACUGCUCCCUGGCAAAGCAAGGACCUCAGAGUGGGGCACAGUGGGGGAGGCUUUCAGAGGGGUGUUUUUUGGUAGUGUCUGAGUGAGAAAAUGGAGACGGAAGGUGCCAUCCUUAGAGGUGUCUUCACAAGUUCAGUUGCAUGGUCAUGGGCGAGACUUGAGUCAGAGACAAAAAGGAAAGACAAGCUGGCAAUUGUCAAAGAGGACCUGAAAAGGUUUUUCUUUUAUUGCUUUGUUUUUCUGGGGCUUGUGCCCUUCUGUAUGCUUUUGUAUAGAUGAUGUCGUCUGGAAUGAGGUUUGUUUAAAUUAAUACAGUCUGUUUAAUUUUUAUCUUAGAAAUAUUAAGAACAGUAAAUCCA